AUGAAUGCAUCUGGAAAUUGUAUUUGGGAUUCUUGGAGUGAAAGUGAAGAUGAAGAAGAUAUAGAAAUUUUGAUUAUUGAAAGGCGACAAUAUAAAAUGCACGAAAGAUUGGAUCAUUUCAAUAAGUGGGACGACAUUGACUUUUUUCGACGAUUUCGGUUCCGGAAGGAAACUGUGGCAAACAUUUUAGAAUUAAUAAGACCAAAAUUGUUUAGAAGUCGAAACAUAACUCCAAUGGCAAAACUCCUUAUCACGCUACGGUUUUAUGCGUUAGGAACAAUGUUGAUUUCCGUCGGAGAUUUUUUUGGAGUUUGUAAAACAACAGUUUGCCUCGUUGUAAGAAGAGUCUCCUCUGCCAUUGCGUCCUUGAGAAAAGACAUUAUAAAAAUGCCAGAUUCUGAUGAAGAGAUGGCCGAAGCAAGCUACGCGUUUUACAAUCUUGCCAAAUUUCCGAGAACAAUAGGAGCAAUAGAUUGUACUCACGUGAAAAUACAAUCUCCUGGUGGGGAUAAUGCAGAACAUUUUCGAAACAGAAAAGGAUAUUUUUCUCUAAAUGUACAGAGUGUAAGUUCGGCCAAUUUAAAAUUUUUGAAUAUUGUUGCGAGAUGGCCUGGAUCAUGCCAUGAUCAAACAAUUUUCAACAAUUCAGUUUUAAAAAUGAAACUGGAGCGAAAAGAUUACAAAAAAUACAUUGUUGUAGCUGAUUCAGGUUAUUCCAAUACACCGUACAUGGCAACACCAUUACUUGAAUGUACAAACCAAGUAGAACAAUUAUAUAACGAAUCAAUUAUAAGAAGUAGAAAUGUUGUAGAGCGGAAAUACGGUGUUUGGAAACGACGUUUUCCUGUUUUAUCUCUUCAAAUGAGAAUUAAAACAGAAACUGUCCAAGAUGUUAUUGUUGCAACGGCAGUUCUUCAUAAUAUAGCUGUCGAUUUUAAUGAAGAGAUUCCACCAAAUGAGCUUGAAGCAAACAUACCACCCAUUGAAUCAUUUGACGUUGCCAGAAUAGCACCAGAUAAUAGAAACAAUGUUCGUACAGAGUUAUUAGCCGGUUAUUUUCCGGCACUACUUCAAUCCAAUACAUCAUUGAAUACAUCUUAAAACCAGUACAAUACACUGU